UGGUUCGACAAAUACAAACCAAGCACCAUUCUUUCAAAAAUAUUCGAAAAUUCAAUCGUGGACUUUUGGACUGGGUAUUUAAAAAAAUCAACGAGACCAGAGUUCACCCAACCACAUCUAUUAGCUGGGUGUGAGGACUGUGAGGAAAGAGAGAGGAGAUGUAGGCCAGAGUCCAAAGUUCGACAAACAUAUAUUUCUUUGAUUUAAUUUGGUAGUUCCAAAUUUUCUAUUUCAUAUUAUUGCUGAAAAUUAAUGAACUAGGUUCGGUUUACAAUAGAUUUCGAAAGUGUUUUAGUAUUUUAGCAAGAUUAUAAUAAAAAAUGUGGCGAUUAGCAAGAACUUGUUUUCAAAAUCAAAACAAAUUACAAAAUGUUUCUCUGAAAAGAUACUUUUUCACUACUUCAAUAAAGUUAAAAACCGUCCAAAAUGAUGAAAAAACUACACCCUCUGCUUCAGAAAAUCAUUCAUUUGUCAUGAAUAUAUUUCGAGGGCAAGUAGAGGGAAGACAAGUAUUCCCCUUUCCAAACGUUUUAGAUGAAGAGCAAAGGGAUACCCUUCAAAUGCUUGUAGAACCAACUACAAAAUUUUUUGAGGAAGUGAAUGAUCCAUUCAAAAAUGACCAAUUAGAAACUGUGGAAGAAAAUACACUCAAAGGUCUCUGGGAACUAGGCGCAUUUGCCCUUCAAGUACCUCAAGAUUUAGGUGGUUUGGGACUAACAAAUACUCAGUAUGCUAGACUUGUACAAAUUGUAGGUGCAAAUGAUUUAGGUAAGUUUUAUUGCACAUUUCAUUAUUAGCCUUUGUAGUAAUGCCAUGGUAGUUCUGGAAA